GAGAACCCGUGGAGACUGGGAAUGGAGCCGGGCUGCGUGGGGGAGCCCAGCGUGGAUGGCUACACAGCCCUGCGAGUGAUCGGGGAGGGGUCCUUCGGCAGGGCCCUUUUGGUUCAGCAGGAAAGCAGUCAUCGGAUGUUUGCCAUGAAGGAAAUCAGGCUUUCCAAGUCUUUCUCUGAUACACAGAAUUCUAGGAAGGAAGCUGUUCUGUUAGCCAAAAUGAAACACCCCAAUAUUGUUGCCUUUACAGAGUCAUUUGAAGCUGAAGGACAUCUCUAUAUUGUGAUGGAAUAUUGCGAUGGAGGGGACCUAAUGCAAAAGAUUAAACAUCAGAAAGGAAAGUUGUUUCCUGAAGAUAUGAUACUUAAUUGGUUUACACAAAUGUGCCUUGGAGUAAAUCACAUUCACAAGAAACAUGUGUUACACAGAGAUAUCAAAUCCAAGAACAUCUUCCUCACCCAAAAUGGACAAGUGAAACUGGGAGAUUUUGGAUCUGCCCAUCUUCUCUCCAAUCCCAUGGCGUUUGCUUGUACGUAUGUGGGAACACCUUAUUAUGUGCCCCCGGAAAUUUGGGAAAACAUGCCUUAUAACAAUAAAAGUGACAUCUGGUCCUUGGGAUGCAUUCUGUAUGAACUCUGUACCCUGAAGCAUCCAUUUCAGGCAAAUAGUUGGAAAAGUCUUAUCCUCAAAGUAUGUCAGGGGUCUGUGAGCCCACUGCCAUCUCAUUAUUCCUAUGAGCUUCAGCAUCUAAUCAAGCAGAUGUUUAAAAGGAAUCCUUCCCAUCGCCCCUCAGCUACCACGCUUCUCUCUAGAGGCAUUUUAGCUCGGCUUAUCCAGAAAUGCUUAACCCCACAGAUCAUCACAGAAUAUGGAGAGCAGAUAUUAGAAGAAACCAAAAAAUCUAAGCUUAGUACACCAAGAAAAAAGGACUCCAGCAGAAUCAAGAUCACUUUGGAAAAAGAAGCAAGCACAGUGCAAGGGGAAGAACAAGGUAGAAAAUGUAGCCACCCUGAUUUAGAAAGCACUAAUAAAAAUUCAGUGGCAAGUACACUGAGGAGAGUAAACAGAGAAGAGAAAGAUGAUAAAUCAGUCCAUCCGAGGAAAGCCAGUUCACCAAAUCCUCUCAGGCGACAGUGGGAGAAACAUGUAUCCACUACAGCACUUGCAGCUUUGGAAAAUGCAUCCAUACUCACCUCCAGUUUGACCACAGAAGAUGAUACAGGUGGUUCUGUAAUAAAGUACAGUGGAAAUAAUAGCCGUAAGACGUGGCUCAAAGAGACUCCUGAAACCUUGUUGAACAUCCUUAAGAAUGCUGAUCUCAGCUUGGCAUUUCAAACAUACACAAUAUAUAGACCAGGUUCAGAAGGGUUCUGCUUGAAAGGCCCCCUGUCUGAAGAAGCAGAAGCGUCAGACAGUGUUGACGGAGGUUACGAUUCUGUCAUUUUGGAUCCAGAGAGACUCGAACCGAGACUGGAUGAGGAGGACACGGACUUUGAGGAGGAAGACAACAACUUUGAUUGGGUGUCAGAACUGAAGCAGCGAGCUGGCUGGCAAGGAGCAUCUGGUGACUAAUGCCCAGGGAAAUGUUCCUUAGUCACAUUGAAUAGAUGUUUAGAGUGAGGAAUUAAUGUUUGGAUAUUAGCUAAUGGACUGUAUAUUUUCCCUUGGAAACAGAAUGGGGUAAGGGGUGCUGUGGAUAUUUAAAAUUGUUCCUGAUUAGUUUAAAAAUCUACAAUUCUUGUGCAUUUUUUAACGCAAAGGAGAAGGUGUAGAAUUAUGGGUGUGAGCUUCGGGCUUUGCAUUCAUAUAGAACAGAAAUUGGAUGCUCAUUAUUUGUGUGUUUGUGGAAAAUUACUUAAUCUCUUUGGGCCUGAAUUUCCUCAACUAUAACAUGAAGAUAAUAAUGCCUAUCUCAUAAGGAUGCUGACCAUGGAGCAUGAGAG